AUGAAUACUAAACUCAAAAUACAGGUCAAGGAGAGACCUGACGUAGGAGUUUACAUCAAGGAUCUUUCUGGAUACGUGGUAAACAAUGCUGACGAUAUGGACCGGAUUAUGACCCUUGGACACAAAAACCGUUCUGUGGGUGCGACUAAUAUGAACGAGCACAGCUCUCGUUCUCAUGCUAUCUUCACCAUAACUAUCGAGUGCAGUGAGAAAGGUGUAGAUGGACAUCAACAUGUGCGCAUGGGAAAGCUUCACUUGGUGGAUCUUGCGGGCUCUGAAAGACAGGGAAAAACGGGAGCCACAGGUCAACGUCUUAAAGAGGCUACAAAAAUCAACCUGUCUCUGUCCACCUUGGGAAAUGUUAUCUCUGCACUCGUGGAUGGAAAAAGCACCCACGUGCCCUAUAGGAACUCAAAACUCACCCGACUCUUACAGGACUCUCUAGGAGGAAACUCCAAAACCAUGAUGUGUGCAAACAUCGGCCCAGCAGAUUACAACUACGAUGAAACCAUCAGUACUCUCCGUUAUGCCAACCGUGCCAAAAACAUCAAGAAUAAGGCCAGGAUUAAUGAGGACCCCAAGGAUGCACUGCUGCGUCAGUUUCAGAAGGAAAUUGAAGAGCUCAAGAAAAAACUGGAAGAAGGGUUGCUCUUCAGGAUGUGA